ACAGCGUCAGAGACACACACCCGUGAACACACAUUCACCACUGACUCUCAGACAGUGAAUAUUAGUCGUCUGACCAGCAGCUGCUACUGGUCGCUGUACGGAGCUCCACUUUGUGUUGUGUUGUUUUAAAUCGAAGGGAUAAGAGGACAGCGUGCAAUCCCUGACUGUUCUUUUUUUUUUAAAUUUUCUGUGAGGAUUCUGAAGUCACUGCUCCUCUUCUCCAGCCCAGCCUUCCUCUCCUCCUUUCUUCCAUUUCCCUCUCUCUCUGUCAUUCUCUCAGCGCUUCGUUCUAAUUUUGGAAACAUGGAACCUCGGGGAGCGCUCUCCCAAAGCUAUUUAUGUCCUCGCCUCUCCUCCUCUUCCUCCUCCUCCUCCUCCUCUCCUCACCCUCUCGUUGGCCAGGAGGAGAACAGUGCGAGGAUCCUUUGAUGCACCCGAGUGGGAGACUUCAGCUUCUCCUUCGUCUCUGUAUUUUUGUUGUGUUGUCGGCUGCGGGAAGUGAAGAGGCUGCAGCAGCUCCUCUCCUGAAACUGUCCCUUCCAUCACUCCUCGUCGUCCUGCAGGCUCUACGAAGUGACCGCAUUUCACCGAUUCCGUCCCGAUUUGCUUGGUAAAGACUCUGUGAGGGUUCAGUGCACCGGAGGAAACAAACUUUCUUCUUCCAUCUGCCUCACCGAUUGGGACAUCGUCCCAAAACACACCAGCCGCUGUCACUAUUUCAGGAGCCAGCGAAGUCUUUCUGCAUGAAUCAGGACUCCAGGUGAUGCAGACAAGAGAAACCGGUUACAAAGUCACAUUCUGGGAAGCCUGUGUUUCCUCAUUUCCUUUUGCAUUGUGAUUCAUUCCUCAAUCCCAGCGGAGGGGAAGACUUCCCGGAACCUGCAGCUGGGACUACAAUAUUAAACAGGAGGAUUUUGUCUGAACUGUCAGUGACUGGUCAUCACAACACAAGCUGAACAGCCCGAAACAGGGGAAGCUCCAGGAAACAGAGAGGUGGAGGCUACCUGUGAAUCAAACUGGUGGAGUGGAUUACAUAAUAAAAGCAGAGAGGAGCUCUUUAUCGAUUUUUUAAAUGGAAUUUAUCGUCAUUUUUAAGUCGCUUUAAGGGACCAUUUCACAAUAAGAACACAAAAAACAGUUUGCAUUUUAGAAGUUUUCAGUUUAACCACUUAAUUGUCUUUUCCCUGCUCCUUGGCUACUCAAAUCCUAACUAAGCCAUGGCGGUGUCUCGGAAGAAGAACUGACUGGUGUUUUCAUAACAAAACAAAGCACCGACUCUUGUCUUGGCAUGCUGUUGCAUCCCACGGUGUCAGGAUUGUGCGCCAUGUUGCAGACCAUCUAUGAGACUGAGUCCUGUUUUUCUUCUGCCAGCACAGACAGCCAUCACCAGCCUCUGGAGCUCCUGAGUGACAGCAGGGGCUCCGGCGCUGCCAUGCCCACCGCAUUAGUGGAGGUGAAGAGCAGCCUCCCAUCAGGGAUGCAGAGCCCAGUAGGAACAGCAAGCGAACAGAGAGGAGGAGGUGGAGAAGGUGGUGGGGGUCCAGCAGAAGGCCCUGGAGGAGGAGGAAGCCCAAUGGACCUGAGAACAGAGCCCAGGGUGGGCUCUCUGUCUGGGGGUGCAGCAGUGGACACCGCCCUGAGAGAGCAGCAGCUCCAGCAGGAACUCGUGUUGCUCAAACAGCAGCAGGAACUCCAGAAACAGCUCCUGUUCGCCGAGUUUCAGAAAAAGCAUGAAGUGUUAACGAGACAGCAUGAAGUCCAGCUGCAGGAACAUUUAAAGGUGUGUGUGUGUAAGCAACAACAGGAGCUGCUGGCAGCAAAACGGCAGCAGGAGCUGGAGCAGAAGAGGAAACUGGAGCAACAAAGACACGAAGAACAGGAGAAACAGCGACUGGAGCAACAACUGCUGCUGCUGAGGAACAAGGAGAAAGGCAAAGAGAGUGCCAUUGCCAGCACAGAGGUAAAGCUAAAGCUGCAGGAGUUCCUUCUCAGUAAGAAAGAGCCUGGUCCCGGUGGACUCAACCAUUCCUUCUCCCCAAAGUGCUGGGGAGCCCAGCACACCUCCCUGGAGCAGAGCUCUCCUCCACAGAGUAACACCCCAGGAACUCCUCCCUCCUAUAAACUGCCCCCGCUGCUGGGGAACUACGAGGGCAAAGACGACUUCCCGCUUCGCAAGACGGUCUCAGAGCCGAACCUGAAGGUGCGCUCACGGUUGAAGCAGAAGGUGGCGGAAAGGCGGAGCUCCCCUCUCCUCCGCAGGAAGGAUGGAACCGUCAUCAGCACCUUUAAGAAGAGAGCCAUAGAGAUAUCAGUUUCCUCUCUCUGCAACAGCGCUCCGGGUUCGGGUCCCAGCAGUCCCAACAGUUCCAACACAGCCAUCGCCAAUGGCAACACAGGAUCCGUCCCCAACAUACAGACUGAGCUGAGAUCUCUCCAUCAGACGCUGGGGGCUGAUGGGACGUUGAGUCCUCUGAGUCUCUACACCUCACCCUCCCUGCCCAAUAUCUCCCUGGGACUCCCUGCCAACACACACAUCACGACCUCCCAGAAGCUGUCCACUCAGCAGGAGGCCGAGCUUCAAGCCAUCCAGUCGUUGCGAGGAGGCGGAGCUCUAACAGGGAAGUUUCUCUCCACAUCUUCCCUCCCUGCAGGUGUAGGACAUGAUGUGGAGACUCCACCCCCCAGCUCUCACUCAGCCCAUUCCUCGUUAUUGCAGCAUGUACUGCUGCUGGAGCAGGCCAGACAGCAGACUGCUAUGCUAGUCCCCAUGUACAGCCAAUCGCCGCUGGUUACGGCAGAGAGAGGCGUGUCCAGCGGCAUGCGGUCGGUCAACAAGCUUCCUCGCCACCGACCGCUGGCUCGUACCCAGAGUGCACCUUUGCCCCAGUCCCCCCAGGCCCUGCAGCAGCUGGUGGUCCAACAGCAGCACCAGCACUUCCUGGAGAAACACUACAAGAUGCUUUCAAAGGGGGCGGAGCUUCCCAGGCCACCACCCACCCACCCGGAGGAGACAGAGGAGGAGCUAACAGAGACCAAUGACAUGCAGGAGGAUGACAUAGGGGUGGGCCUUCACAGGCUUCAGAAGGAGGGGUCUGACGACAGCACGCCUUCAUCUGAGCGACUCGGUGUGCAUGUGAAGGGUGAGGAGGAGCGCGGGAGCAUUCACGUCAAAGGGGAGAGCACAGAGAGUGAGCUGGACGAAGAGGAAGAGGACGAUGAAGUGAUCCAGCUGAGGGAGGGUGAUGAAGAGGAGAGGGGGAGCUACACACAGGCCUUGCAGCAGCUGGGUGUGUUCCAGUCCUCGUUGCCCCACAGACCUCUGGGAAGAGCGCAGUCCUCCCCUGCGGCCACCGUCAAUCCCAUCAAGCACCUCUUCACCACCGGGCUUGUGUACGACAGUCUGAUGUUGAAGCAUCAGUGUGUGUGCGGCAACGCUCACAUCCACCCAGAGCAUGCUGGGAGAGUGCAGAGCAUCUGGUCCAGACUGCAGGAGACGGGCCUGCUGGGUCGUUGCGAGAGGAUUCGUGGGCGUAAAGCGUCCCUGGAUGAGAUCCAGUCCGUCCAUUCAGAGUUCCACACUCUGCUGUAUGGAACCAGUCCACUCAAUCGGCACAAGCUGGACCACAAGAAGCUGCUGGGUCCAAUCAGCCAGAAGAUGUAUGCUGUUCUUCCCUGUGGAGGAAUAGGGGUGGACAGCGACACCGUGUGGAAUGAGAUGCACUCGUCAGCGGCGGUCCGCAUGGCGGUGGGCUCAGUCAUCGAGCUGGCCUUCAGAGUGGCUGCAGGGGAGCUGAAGAAUGGUUUCGCGGUCGUGCGUCCACCAGGCCACCACGCUGAGGAAUCCACCGCCAUGGGGUUUUGUUUCUUUAAUUCAGUAGCCAUCACUGCCAAGCUGCUGCAACAGAAACUCGGAGUGGGCAAGAUCCUCAUUGUUGAUUGGGACAUUCACCAUGGCAACGGCACCCAGCAGGCCUUCUACAGUGAUCCCAACGUCCUCUACAUCUCCCUCCAUCGCUAUGACGAUGGAAAUUUCUUUCCUGGCAGUGGAGCUCCUGAGGAGGUGGGAUCAGGUGCUGGUGUUGGUUUUAAUGUGAACAUAGCGUGGACUGGAGGAGUGGAGCCCCCUAUGGGUGAUGUGGAGUACCUCACUGCCUUUAGGAGUGUGGUGAUGCCCAUCGCCCAGCAGUUCAGUCCAGAUGUGGUGCUGGUGUCUGCUGGCUUUGACGCAGUGGAGGGUCACCAGUCUCCUCUGGGAGGCUACAACGUAUCUGCCAAGUGUUUCGGUCAGCUGUCGCAGCUGCUGAUGGGUCUGGCGGGUGGGCGGGUUGUUAUGGCGCUGGAGGGCGGUCAUGACCUCACGGCUAUCUGUGACGCAUCGGAGGCCUGCGUCGCUGCACUCCUGGGAGACCCGUGUGACUCUAUGUUUCAGUGGCCUCAGGAGCAGCCAUGUCCAAAAGCCUGCGCCUCACUGGAGAGAGUAAUAGAGAUCCAGAGUAAACACUGGUCUUGUCUCCAGAGUUUGUCUCAGACCAGCGGCCACUCGCUAUUGGACGGCCCCCUGGGGGCUCAGGGCCAAUCAGAGAAGGACGAGGCAGAGACGGUCAGCGCUAUGGCCUCGCUGAGUGUCGACGUCGAGCAGCCGGGCUCCGUUCCUGACAACACAGAAACCAGCAGGUCAACGGAGGAGCCAAUGGAAGAAGAACCCGUCUUGUAGGAGGAGCUUAAACAAGAAGCACACAAAAAACUCCACAUUCACCUCCUUCUAGCACCUCCUCUUCCUCUUCCUUUUCCUCUUCGUCCGCGGAGUGUGCGUAGGAGCACACACACAGAGUGGAAUUGUGCCGUUGUGGAGGACUCCCAUUGGCUGAGGAGAACACGAUGGAGGCAGAGAGGGGGCGGGGCCUGUGAGAAACGUGGACGCAUCUCUUUCCUACUGGUUCGUCCGUCCAAGGAGGAGCAGACGACUUGUUGGCAUCUCCAUGGCAACCAGAGGAGGGAAGCGUCGGGAAGGAUGCACGUCUUGUACCCUUGUAUACUUCACCACCUGUACACAGCACCACUGAGUUCUACUCUUCCACCCUCCAGAUCAUUCUUUUCGUCUUUUUAAUUCGUCCCUUCUUCUCUGUUUCCACUGAGAGAUGAUAACUGUGGAAAACUUGAACUCAAAUCUCGUCGGACACCAAGUGGACGACUUGUCUUCUUGAGUGUCUGUUUGUUGCGUCGGAGAGACAUACAUGCCGAGCGAACCCAGGGUCGCCUGGCGCUGGAGGAGUUACCGGUUUAUAAAUGAGCAGAGGAGGAGGAGGAACUAGGUGCCUUUUUUUCUGUCCACAAAAAACAGACCGUCCAGUCAAAAAAAAAACCACAAACCACCACCGCAGCACCUCAGCAAACUGACCAGCCAAUAAGGACUGAAGAAACACACACAUACACAUACACACACACACACAUACACACACACACACACACACACACUGCUGUUGUUUCAGUCGGUCAGUUCAUUUUUGGGUCUUUGUUUCUUCAUCUUGAUGCCUUAGUUUGUUCUAAUCUCACUAUUUAGCAACCCUGAGAGACGAAGAGAGAAUCAUAUAAAUGUAUACUCUGCAAACUAACUAAUAAUAAUUCUACUUUCUUUCAAGUCUGACAAUAUUAACACCAGAUAUUCCCGACAGACUGAUUCUUUUCUGAAGGACAAAAAGCCUCUAAAGCCAUUGUUGUACGCUAGAAAUCUCCAGUAAAAACCGCCAGUCGUAGUAACAAUAAAAUAAUAUUCAGUCAGACUUUCAUGGAAUCUGGUAAAAGCGUCUCAGGAUCAGUAUUCAUGGUUUUAAACACAUAACUGAUGAAACUGCCCCACUUCAGACCACCACCUUCAGUCCUCUCACUCUCUUUCACUGGUUUUAGUGACCUGAGCCUCACAGCUUUUUCUCUGAAGGGAGAUCGUUGAAUUGUUUCUGAAACACCACCACGACCCAACCAUCACCGCAUCCCUCUUUGUCUUUUUUUUUUGUGUUUUUAUAAACUGUAAAAUUUUCUGUUUAGUGUAAAUACUGUCUCCUGUCCUGUUGCCCACGGUUACAUCACAGCAGACUCAGUGCGGUCAUUUUCUAUACCUGUAUAUACAUAUAUGUAUAAAAAACACAAAAUACUA